AUGGUGUGCGACUUUUUCUACCCCCAACUUGGGGGGGUCGAGUUCCACAUAUAUCACUUAUCUCAGAAGCUGAUAAGUCUGGGACAUUUAGUAGUCAUUAUAACACACGCCUACGGCGACCGCACGGGAGUUCGAUAUUUGACAAAUGGCCUUAAGGUUUAUCACAUACCUUAUUUUGUCGCAUAUCGCGAGACAGCAUUCCCCACAAUCUUUGGCAGUUUCCUGAUAGUUAGAAAUAUCCUGAUCCGAGAACAAAUCCAGAUCGUCCACACCCAUGUGAGCGUAUCUCCAUUGACACAUGAAACUCUUUUGCAUGCCAAUGUUAUGGGUCUACAAACCUUGCUUACCGAUCACUCUCUGUAUGGUUUCGAUACAUUAUCGGAGAUUCUUAAUAAUAAAAUGUUAAAAUUCGCUUUGACCAACACUGGUGCUGUCAUAUGUGUCUCUAACACUUGCAAAGAAAACAUGAUUAUCAGAUCGAAAUUAAAUCCGUCCAGUAUUUCUGUUAUACCGAAUGCAGUGGUUAGCCAUGAUUUUACUCCCGCUACAAAAGGUUCGAAGGCUCCAGGUGAAAUAACAAUUGUCGUGAUAUCUCGGCUCUAUCCUAACAAAGGUGCUGACCUGCUCACUCACAUCAUUCCUCGCAUUUGUGAAAUUGAAGACAAGGUCAAAUUCAUUAUAGGCGGAGAUGGCCCUAAGUUUGUCGAUUUUCAGCAGAUGAUAGAAUCUUAUAGGCUUCAAGAUAAAGUUCAGCUAGUGGGAGCUGUUCAGCAUGAAAACGUCAGAGAUGUAUUGUGUCGCGGUGAUAUUUAUUUACAUGCAAGUCUAACUGAAGCUUUUGGUACUGCGCUAGUAGAAGCAGCUUCCUGUGGGCUUUUAAUUGUUACAACCACAGCUGGAGGUAUUCCCGAAGUUCUUCCAAAGCAUAUGACCGUUUUUGCGCAAGAAACAUCAGUAUCAUGCCUGGUUGCCGCUACCAGGAAAGCUAUACAAUCUUUACGGGAAGGCACUGUUGACACAACUUCCUUCCAUGAGGAGAUAUCUUCCAUGUAUGAUUGGGUUGACGUGGCAAAACGGACAGUAGCAGUUUAUGAUUCAUUAGCGCAGAGUCCGAUGCCAAGAAAUAAGUCAUGGUAUAAAAUGCUAAAAAAUUUUCAUGAAAGAAAUGAUGGGCCUUGGGCUAUGCCGCUCUAUGUGCUUUGUUACCUAGUGGAAAAUAUGCUCUACCUUUUCCUAGAAUGGUGGUACCCCCGAAGUGAAAUUGAUUUGGCGCCAAAAUGGCCAAUUAACCAAAACCACGCAGCAAGCCCGUAA